AUGCUUAUAAAGGUUUUAUCGCGUUACAUUUUCAAUAAGUGCGUUCUUUUUUCUCCGAGAAAUUUUCCACCUUCCGCUCAAUCUUCAUACUAUUCUGUUUUUACCUUUGUAUUACCUCGUAAUAUAUCGCGUCAGAAUUUUUCUAUACCAAAACCAAAUUUUUGGACCAGGAAAUAUUUUUCUUCAGCACGUCCAAGUACUUCUAAAAAUUCUAUCACAGCUGACGGUGUUCACAAAAAAGCUGAAGAAUUCAGACUCUUAAAUGACUCAUUUCUUUCUAAUUACAAAAAUAUCGCGCCUUCCUUUGGAUUUAAUGGUCUUGGAGAAAUUGUAUAUAGACGAACCUAUUCGAGGGUAAAAGCUGACGGCAAAAAAGAACAAUGGUGGGAAACGGUAGAACGUGUAGUUAAAGGUACAUUUAAUAUGCAAAAACGCUGGAUCGAACAAAAUGGUCUAGCAUGGGAUCCAAUUAAGGCUCAAGAAUUGGCUCAAUCCAUGUAUGAUAAGAUCUUUAAUAUGAAAUUUUUACCACCUGGAAGAGGCCUUUGGGCAAUGGGUAGUCCUCUUACUGAAGAACGUGAUAUUUAUGCCUCUCUAAAUAAUUGUGCAUUCGUAAGUACUGAAAAUAUGCGGGAUGGUCGAUCUUCCAUCAGCGCGCCAUUUAAAUUUUUAAUGGAUGCUUCCAUGUUGGGUGUUGGUGUUGGGUUUGAUACUAAAGGCGCUGGAUCUAAAUUAAUCAGGGGUCCAAGCACCUUACGGUCGUCAACUGUAUAUGUUAUUGAAGACUCAAGAGAAGGUUGGGUAGAGUCCGUCGGGGAGUUGAUCGACUCUUAUUUUGAUGAAAAUGUUGGUCCAUACGAAUUUGAUUAUAGUCAAAUUCGUCCUCCUAACUUACCUAUCAAGGGAUUUGGUGGCGUAUCAUCAGGGCCACAACCUCUCAAGCAACUUCAUAAACAUAUCUCUCAGACGUUGAGCAAGAACAUUGGAGCACCAUUAAGUGUUACCACUAUUGUAGACUUAAUGAAUUUAAUAGGAAAAUGUGUUGUUAGCGGGAAUAUUCGAAGAGCAGCAGAAAUAGCAUUCGGAGACCCACAGGAUAAUGAAUACAUAAAUUUGAAAAACUAUGAAAUCAAUCCACAUCGACGUGAGUAUGGCUGGACGUCGAAUAAUUCUGUUUUUUCCCCCUUAGGUCUGGAUUAUACAAAAAUAUGUGAACGGAUAAAAAAAAAUGGGGAACCAGGCUUUGCUUGGUUGGAUAAUGCUCAAAAGUAUAGUAGAAUGUGCGAUCCACCUGAUCAUAAAGACACACGUGCUCAAGGUGGAAAUCCAUGUUUAGAGCAGACCCUUGAAUCAUAUGAAUUAUGCUGUUUAGUAGAAAUAUUUCCGUUAAAUCAUACAUCAUUAGAAGAUUUUUUAGAUACAUUACGAAGCGCAUUCUUGUAUGCGAAAACCGUAACCCUCGGAAAGACACAUUGGCCUCAGAGCAAUGCUGUCAUGUUAAGAAACCGUCGAAUCGGAUGUGGAUUAAGUGGCAUUGCACAAUUUAUCAGUCAUCAAGGAUUGUCAAAAUUGAAACUUUGGUGUGAAGAGGGUUACAAACAUAUUCAGAAUGUUGAUAAAGAGUUAUCUGAGUGGUUUUGUAUACCUAAAUCUAUCAAAACCACUACAAUUAAACCAAGCGGUUCUGUUUCAUUAUUAGCCGGAGCGACGCCCGGAAUGCAUUACCCUGAGUCAAGAUAUUGUAUUCGGCGUGUUCGUCUUUCAAAGUCUUCGGAAUUAAUACAACCACUCAAAAAAUUUGGGUUUAAAAUUGAACCGGAUGUAGUUGAACCAAAUUCUUUGGUAGUCGAAAUACCUAUUGAUUAUGGAGAAGGUGUAAGAAGUUUAAAAGAAAUAUCCAUGUGGGAACAAUUAAGCUUGGCAGCGUUCUUGCAAAAAUAUUGGUCUGAUAAUCAAGUUAGCUGUACGGUAACGUUCGAACCUGAGACAGAGGGUCCCAUGCUUAAAUAUGCGCUCGAAUAUUUCCAAUAUCAGUUAAAAGGUGUUUCAUUUCUUCCACGUAUGUUUUCGGGUGGUUAUGCCCAAAUGCCGAUAGAAGCCAUUAAUACUGAACGAUAUGAGAGUAUAAUAUCGACUCUUCUAACAAAACCAACUCCGCAUUCUGGUUCAAAUGGGAAAAUUUUGAAAGUCGAUUUUCAUGAUAUCCCGUCAGAAGAUAAGUCCGAUCCGGAUAUAGAGCGGUAUUGCGAUUCAAAUAUCUGUGUUCUUGACCCAGUUUAA